UGAUUGGCAGGCGGCGGCGGCGGCGGGUGCGCGGCGGCCGCCGAGCGGUUUGUUUUGCUCGCGGCCCGGGCGCCCUGUGGCGGCGGCGGGGAGCGACCGGGAGCGCCCGUGCCCCCUCCCACCCCCGCCGCCGCGGCGGGGCCCGGAGCGGCGGCCGCCGGAAGGAGGCGGCGGCGGCGCGGGCCGGGGAAUGUGGCGGCGGCGGCUGUGAGCCCUCCCCCUCGGCCCGGCCGCCAUGGAGCCCCGGCGGUGACAGCCCCGUACCUCAGCGCGCCGCCGCCCGCCGGGCGCGGGUCCGACGCCCGCCGAGAUGGAUGAGCAAGAGGCCUUGAAAUCCAUCAUGAAGGACCUGGUAGCACUCCAGAUGAGCCGACGCCACAGACUGACUGGAUAUGACACCAUGAAGAGUAAAGAUUCUGCUCACUCCAACAAACAGAAAAAACACAAUGCCAGCAGUCCACCCCUCUUGGGCAGUCCUGCAAUAACAAACCAGUGUGCCUCUGCAGUGGAAGAAAAAAAAAUUCCGAAUGAUGUGAGGAUAAAGUUCGAACACAACGGGGAGAGACGAAUUAUCCCAUUUGUCCGUCCCGUGCGCUAUGAAGACGUGCAACAGAAAGUGAAAACAGCCUUUGGCCAGCCACUGGACCUCCACUACAUGAACAAUGAGCUAUCCAUUCCUUUGAAAAAUCAAGAUGACCUGGAUAAAGCAGUAGAUCUCUUAGACCGAAGCUCUAAUGUGAAAAGCCUUAGGAUAUUAUUGCUGUCUCAGGACAGAAACCAUACCAGUUCUUCACCCCAUUCUGGACUGCCCAAACAAGUCAGGAUUAAAACUUCCCAGUCUGUGGGGGAUGUGAACACACCCUAUCAGCAGCCAGAACCCAGAAGUAGGCAUCUGUCUGUCAGUUCCCAGAACACAGGCCGAAGUUCACCACCUCCUGGGUAUGUUCCAGAGAGGCAGCAGCGCAUUGCUCGACAGGGUUCCUACACCAGCAUCAACAGUGAAGGCGAAUUCAUCCCAGAAACUAAUGAACAGUGUAUGCUGGACCCUUUAAGCAGUGCUGAAAACUCGGUGUCGGGAAGCUGCCAGUCCUUGGACAGGUCAGCAGACAGUCCUUCUUUUCGGAAGUCACGGAUGUCAAGGGCACAGAGCUUUCCUGAUAAUAGACAGGAGUUCUCAGACCGUGAGAAUCAGAUCUAUGACAAAGCGGGGAAAGGUGGGACCUACCCUCGGCGCUACAAUGUCUCCAUGCAGCACAAAGACUACAACGAUGGCCGGAGGACAUUUCCCCGGAUACGGCGUCACCAAGGGAAUCUUUUCACUUUGGUCCCUUCAAGUCGUUCCUUAAGCACCAACGGAGAAAACCUGGGCCUGGCGUUGCAGUACCUGGACCCCCGGGGGCGCCUGCGGAGUGCCGAUAGCGAAAAUGCCCUUGGUGUGCAGGAGAGGAACAUUCCCACCAAAUCUCCAAGUGCUCCAAUAAACUGGCGACGAGGAAAACUGCUGGGCCAGGGUGCCUUUGGUCGUGUGUAUUUGUGCUAUGAUGUGGACACAGGCAGAGAACUUGCAGCUAAGCAGGUCCAGUUUGACCCAGAGAGUCCUGAAACAAGCAAGGAAGUGAGUGCCUUGGAGUGUGAAAUUCAGCUGCUGAAGAAUCUCCAGCACGAACGUAUUGUUCAAUAUUAUGGCUGCUUACGGGAUCGAGCCGAGAAGACCUUGACCAUCUUCAUGGAGUACAUGCCAGGGGGGUCAGUGAAAGACCAGCUGAAGGCAUAUGGUGCUCUCACGGAAAAUGUAACCCGGAAAUACACUCGCCAGAUUCUCGAGGGAGUCUCGUACCUUCACAGCAACAUGAUUGUGCACAGGGACAUAAAGGGAGCCAAUAUUCUCCGUGACUCUGCUGGGAAUGUGAAGCUUGGGGACUUUGGGGCCAGCAAACGGCUGCAGACAAUCUGUAUGUCUGGAACAGGCAUCCGCUCUGUCACUGGCACGCCAUAUUGGAUGAGCCCGGAGGUGAUCAGCGGAGAAGGCUAUGGGAGAAAAGCGGACGUAUGGAGCCUCGGUUGUACUGUUGUGGAAAUGCUGACAGAGAAACCACCCUGGGCAGAGUACGAAGCCAUGGCAGCCAUUUUCAAAAUCGCCACCCAACCAACCAACCCCCAGCUCCCCUCUCACAUAUCAGAACAUUGCCGGGACUUUCUAAAGCAGAUCUUUGUGGAAGCCAGGCACAGACCCUCUGCUGAAGAGCUGCUCAGACACCAGUUUGCACAGCUCCAGUACUGAAUUACCUCCCUUGCUAGCAGCUCCUGCUGGGCUUUCGGUGCCCCGUCUGGUCUAGUUGCAACUGCCCGUUGUGGUGCUGCAUCUUCAAAAUGCCAACUCAGCUGUCCUAGUCCUUUGGGGAAAUAAUGCCAAGGAACCUAGGGUCUGCACUUGUGCCUGAUACCUUUGUUUGCUGGACUAAUGUUUAUUCUACCGACAGCUGUCCAAACAGAACUGCAUUUUUGCCCUAGUUACCUUGAUGUGAAAUUGCAGUUGGCUGCAUGUUUUCUGCAGGCCCAAGAGUGGGAAUAUCAGUGUCUCACUGGUUGAACAUAGAAGAAAUCUGAACAAAAGUGGGAACUAAAAGAGCUACACUCCUCAGAACAGAAAUGUGCAUCAGCCACCCAGACCAGCUCUCGCCGUGUGGGUCACUGUUUUCCAGACUGCUAGGGCUUUAGAGGCAUCUAUAGUACAUGAAUCCAGCAAAAAGCCAUGUGUCAUUGAGCAUGCGCUCGCUAUAUAAUUAUAUAUUUUUCUUCUUAAGUAUUCAGCAUCUGAAGGUGUUCAGAAAAUAUUGAUUCAAAAGUAUGUGAAUAGUGUUAUUUUAUAAUGAAACCAUGGAUUUUGGGGUGGGGGUGAGGGAGGUCUUUCUAGCUAAAUGUCAGGAUAAUCAGAAAAGUUUCAGCAGAACGCAAUCACUCCAGGGCUCUCCCGCUGACAUGAGAAAAUCCAGAGCUUGAUUUCCAAGGCUUGAUUUGUCUUAGCAUUAAGCCAGUGUCGGUUAGUUUGUGUCCUCAAAGCCAACAAAUCUGUGCUCCUGCUUCAUCUUCCUGGGACUGCUGGGUCUAAACAAAACCCUUCUGGAGGGGAGUUCUGCAGAACAGCUCUCUGUUGCACCUAUCUUUUUGGCUGGUAACUUCUUAUCAUCCCUUAAACCAAAGAUAGUUCAUCUGGCCCCCAGGAAUUUACUUCAGGAAAAGCUUAUGUGUUUCUUUGAGGACCUGGCCUAAUGGGAAAUUGAGUUUUUCACAGGGAGAAUUUGCUGGAUACUAGUUUACUUGUGCACAGUAAGUUAGAAUCGAGCUCAACCCUUCAGUGUGUGUGUUUUGUUUUACAGGUGUGCAAGUGUUCAUUUAAGGUUUCCAUAAAAUAUUAGGGUCCUAUUUAAAUAAGCUUUUGUACGAGUUAAGUCAGUGAACCAGAGAGAACAUUUGUAAUGCUAGCUAGAAAUGCUACUUUCUGAAAUUAACUGGAGAUCCCCAUACAGGUACCAGCAAAAUAUAUCCAAAUGAUUUUGCAUUUGAAAGGUACCCCAUCUCUGAGAACCGAGCUCCUGAUGGCUUACUGGCCUCUAGUACCCUGUGUUGAUUGGGGCACUAAUAGUCCUUAUUUCACUCAUCAAAGAGCAGCAGUUUUUAACUGCUGGGGACUCAUGGAGUAAUUAUAAGUUAUUUUUUGUGUAAUGAAACUAAGAAAAGCAAAAUCAGCUAAAAUAUUGCUUUAUAGAGCAAUACUAAAGGUGUUCUGCUCUGUAUUGGAAACCAUGUUAAGGGUCCACAUGCCUCCACUCCUCCCCCCCCCAAAGAAAACUUGAAAAUUGCUUUCAUAAUGCAGAAAAAUAAACAGUUUUAAGUGAAUGCUCAUAGCAGGAAAAGGCAAGUUUUAAUGAAACCAAGCUCCUUGAACACAUGAUAAACAAUGUAUUUAAUUAAAGAGGAAAAACAGAACCCUAAAAAACCCCAAACAACCAAAAACCCUGAAAGGGUUUAACAAUCUGAAGUGUUUUUUCUGUGCCAAACUCAGAGCAAUGUGUAAGCAGUGAAGGCAAGCUGCUGUUGUUUUCACUUUCAGGCUCUCCUGCACUACCACAAGGAUGCACUGUUUAGGUUGCGGGCACUUAGGGGGAUAUCUUUUACGAAAGUCCUUGUCCCAUAAUUUAUUUAAUUCUCGUGAGAGCACUUCUAUUGAUCUUUUCCAAACCUGGAACUUGACUCCAAAUUAUCAAGACACGUGGCCUGACUUCUGGCCUGCACUUCGCUGUCGCUUGCACCGAAGGGAAGCGAGGGCAUGACACUACUACUCUGUUUUAGGGAGCGUUUUACACCGCUUCGCUGUGGUGUAAACGGCUGCGUAUGCUGCAGAGGAAUGUGGAACCAUUCCUGUAGUCUUGAUGACAGAAGUAGGGUGGUCAGCGCUCCGGUGGGGCCUGGUAGCACUCUUCAAGCCUUGCAACUAGCACCUAAAUAUACCAAAGAUUGGAAUCUUUUAUUCACCACACUUUACCCUGCAGACGUACAGCGGCAGAGAGUGCAGUGAUCCUGUCUGCAUGGGUUUGUCUCUACCCUCAGCUUGUCCUCACCAAACUGAGACCUCCUUCCGUGGUCUUUCCUUGCUAUCCCACACAUUGUGUUUCGGGAGAAUAGGGCAUGAGGAAACGGUGUAACUUUUAAUUUUUCAAAGCAACUAAAUCCUCAGGAUCUGUUGUGGCUUUUACCUCAUAUGUGUCAUGGAAGGCUGUUCCAGAGCAGAGCAAAGAGCAUCAUGGACUGAUGGGCUCAGUCCUCUCCCCGCCAGAGCUUCUGGUCCUUCCCACCACCUAUGCUGAAAUGUGCCUACUCUGUGUAUACACUUGUAUUCCAGUCUGUAUUAAUGAAAGUAAAUAGCGGUUGUACAGUGACAGAGAA